GGCUCGGGCCGGGCCGGGCUGGGCUGAUCUGGGAAUAGUAUUUGGUGCGAGAAAAUCAGAAAAAAUGGCGGCGAAACAAAGAACAAAGCAGACUGAAGAAGACAAGAAGCAGCAACGAAAUGGAAGGCGAAGAUCGGGAAGGAGGAGCAGAGAAGAAGAAGAGCUUUGUGAUACAGAUACCUUCUUACGAAGAAGUAAUGGAGAGUUCUCAGCCCAAAACGACGCCGUCUUCUCUCUUCAACCCUACCCCUUCUUUCACUCAAGCCUUCAAAUUCGUCAAAAGCUCCGAAUUCUACUCGCCUCCCCCACCUCCUCCUCCGACUCAGCCUUCUUCUUCAUCCCCUUCCCCCUCCCAAACCGCCAAUCUCAGACCAACUAAUAAUUCAGAUGUUCCGACAUCUUCAUCACCAUCGUCCACGCCCUCAACUUCAGCUAAUCGAAAUGCUAUACUUGUGAGCCAUAGACAGAAGGGCAAUCCCUUGCUAAAACAUAUCAGGAAUGUGAGGUGGGCUUUUGCAGAUAUUGUUUGUGACUACUUAUUGGGACAGAACACUUGUGCUCUUUAUUUAAGCCUCCGGUAUCAUCUGCUUCAUCCAGACUACUUGUAUUUCCGGAUAAGGGAAUUGCAGAAGAACUUUAGGCUCCGCAUAGUUUUGUGCCAUGUUGAUGUUGAAGAUGUGGUCAAGCCUUUACUUGAAGUUACCAGAACUUCACUCCUUCAUGAUUGCACGCUGUUAUGUGGUUGGAGUUUGGAAGAAUGCGGACGCUACUUGGAGACGGUAAAGGUUUACGAAAACAAGCCCGCCGAUCUCAUUCAGGGCCAACUGGAUGCGGACUACCUAUCACGGCUGAAUCAUGCUCUCACAACAGUACGACAUGUUAACAAAACAGAUGUUGUGACUCUUGGCUCGACAUUUGGGUCUCUUUCUCAUGUUAUGGAUGCAUCUAUGGAAGAUCUUUCUCGUUGCCCUGGCAUAGGAGAGCGCAAGGUAAAACGCCUGUACGACACUUUUCAUGAACCUUUCAAGCGAGAAGUGCCAAAUCGGCAAUGUGUUCCGGAAACUUCAGUUGCUAAUGAAUCUCAGCCUGGCUCCAGCAGCACAAGGGAAGAUGAGAAGGAGGUUGGGGAUACAAGCAAUUGCGAGAAGAAGGAAUCCGAAUUAACUGUCAAGUCAGCACUUUCUGCUGCUUUUGCUAAGUACUCACACAAAGUUGCCAGAAAGAAGAAUAAAUCACAAGUAGAGGAAGAAGGGAAAUGCAGUGCUAAUGAAGAAGCAAGCUAAAACUGGAGAUACGAAUGGCAGCAACAACACCUGAAUCUUGUAAUCUCUUGGACUAUUUCUUUAUGCAACUUCUGAAGAAGAAUAGGUUUCUUAGUCACCUAAUUUCACGCGAAUGUUGAGAGUGCAAAGAGCACAUCAUUGCAGUUCGAAGAAGAUGAACAGGCUCAUCUAAUGGAAUGCCAUUGUCGCCAGCUCCUUUCGUUCAAAGGAUAAUACGAUGAAGAGGCUCUCCAAUUGCCGUGUAGUUGUAACCCAAAACUUUAGGUAGGUAGCUCCAAACAAAUUUUUAUCGCCC